GAUAAAUAUCUGAGGUCAUUGGCAGAAACAGAAAAUGUGAGAACAAGAAUGAUGAAACAAGUGGAAGAUGCUAAAAUCUUUGGUAUUCAGGGAUUUUGUAAGGAUUUGUUGGAAGUGGCUGAUAUUCUUGGUACUGCUACAGAAAGUGUACCUAAAGAGCAAUUAACUGAGGAAAAUAUUCAUUUAAAAAACCUUUACGAUGGACUUGUGUUAACUAAUUCUCAAUUACAAAAAGUUUUUGAUAAGCAUGGACUCGUUAAAUUAGCUCCUAAAGAAGGGGAACUUUUUGAUCCAUUUGUACACGAAGCAUUGUUUGAAGUACCAAGUGCUGAGAAAGAAAAGGGAACAGUAGCUGUAUUACAGAAAUCUGGUUACAAGUUAAAAGAUAGAACAAUACGGCCAGCUUUAGUGGGGGUUUUCAGACAACCUUGA